AUAUGAAUGUACAACACAACUUCAAGAACAUCGCAGGGACUCUUCUGGCAUUGGCCUCCAACGUGAUACUCACUGCACGGAACCUGGCGCUCAAGAAGAUCCAGGAUGCUCCCAGUUCACACGCACCUAUGAUCUUGAAGCCAUGCUCACACAUCGCUUUUGUUGUUCUAGCUGAGUUUGGACUUGUGGGCCUGGUUGCCUACCUCCAGACGAUCCAAGUGGUUACAAGGAAUGUCUGGACGCUACUGGCUCUGUGCCUGACAUCCGGAGUUUUCCACGUCGUGUACUCCUACAUCUCUACCAACUUAGUCUUAAGG